AUGUUUCCUGGACAGCGCGAGGAGAGUUUUCUCAAAAUCUUUCCGCGUAUCAUCGACACAGACAAGAGUUUACACUCCUUUUCUCCUACAGCACGUCGCUGCUACUUUCACAGCGAAUCGAAUAUGCCGGACAUGAAUAAAUAUGUUUACACCUUUCCCAAUUGCAUCACCCGAUGUCGCAUUCGCAGUAUUAUUGCUCUGUGCAAUUGUUUGCCCUUUCAACUCCCUUUGGAACUGGUUGACAGCUUGGAGGGUCUUGUCUUCUGCACACUCACUCACAUUUCUUGCCUUAGUCAGUAUCAAUUCAAGUGGAAUAAUGUCUUAACUGAACGUGAGCGAAUCUAUGGCUUGGAGCGUGAAAUCGAGGAGGCACUGUACUGUCCCCAUUGCUUGCCCUCCUGUAACGAUGUGCAGUAUCGCAUCUCGAUGAGUGUAUUGCCCAUUGACAACUAUUUGGCCACGGUCAAACCAGAUGAGGAUAACGAAACAGAUAUCACCUCGGAUAUUUCCGUGUUAAGAGUUUUCUUUGGCGAACCUCAUGCGCAUCUUUAUACGCGUUUGUUAAACAAUCAAUGGUUCGAAAUAUUCAGUACCAUUGGCAACAUUUUGUCCAUCUUCAUGGGCUUCUCGCUGGUGGCCAUUUUCGAGUUGUCCUUUUAUUUCUUCAAGUACAUUUACAUCGGCUGCAAUCGGAUUAUAGAACGCAAUCGAGCUAAUAAUCAUGCCAAGUUGUUCGAUGCAUCAAAGCUACACAUUUAUCCAUAG